AUGGCGGACGCCACGCAGGUGCAUCGUGCUCAUCAUGCUGCACAGGCAGGGCCAAAGGCUGAAAAGGCUAAGGCAAAGGGUAGAGAGCGCCAUGCUGGUGGUUUCAACCCAAAAGCAUUCAUCGCUGCUCAUCCAUUUGCAGCAGACAAACAUAUUCGACGAAAGGCAGAGCUUGAUCAACAGAGGCUCCAUGUGCCUCUGGUGGACCGCACGCCGGCAAAAGAACCACCUCCUGUUAUUGUAGCCAUUGUGGGCCCACAGGGAGUAGGAAAGACUACGCUCAUGCGCAGUCUUAUUCGCCGGUACACCAAGCAUACAGUGGCUCACAUAUCUGGUCCUGUCACUGUGGUUAGCAGCAAGACUCGCCGCAUCACAUUUAUUGAAUGCAAUAACGACAUCAAUUCUAUGAUUGAUAUCGGGAAAAUUGCUGAUUUAGUGCUUUUGAUGAUCGAUGGCAGCUUUGGAUUUGAAAUGGAAACUAUGGAGUUUUUAAAUGUACUUCAAGCCCACGGUUUUCCCAAAGUCAUGGGCGUUCUUACGCAUUUGGAUCUCAUCAAGAAAGUGCGUACUCUUCGCGCAACAAAAAAGCGGCUAAAGCAUCGGUUCUGGACUGAGAUAUAUCAAGGUGCCAAACUAUUUUAUCUCUCUGGCAUCAUCAAUGGUCGAUACCCUGACUCAGAAAUCCAAAAUUUGAGUCGUUUUAUCAGCGUGAUGAAAUUUCGUCCGCUGAUUUUCCGGAACCAACAUCCUUACUUCCUUGCUGAUCGUAUGGAAGAGCUUACACCUCGUGAACUUGUCAAGUCCGACCCAAAAAUGGAUCGUACGAUUACGGUCUAUGGCUAUUUGCGUGGCACUAAUUUGCGAGACAAGCAACCCAUUCAUAUUCCAGGCGUCGGCGAUUUCACUAUAAAGUCCGUCGAGCGUCUCGCAGAUCCCUGUCCCCUUCCAACUCAGGAAAGCGAGAGGCGACGCAGACUCAGCGAAAAACACAAGCUCAUUCAUGCUCCUAUGAGCGAUGUUGGUGGCGUCAUGUUCGAUAAAGACGCUGUGUAUAUAAAUGUUCCUGGCCACUUUUCUAAACGCGACGACAACAUUGUCGGUGAGGGUGAGCGGAUGAUCAUGUCGCUGCAAGAUUCACAAACGACGCUUGGCGAACGCGCCGCUGAGGGUGAGCUCCGCUUAUUUGAUGAUUCCACUGCCCCUGUAUACGUCAAUCAUGGGCGGCGUCGUGCUGCAUUCGAGGAAACUGAUGACGAUCAUAUCAUGAACAACGAAAGCGAGGAUGAAAGCGAAGAAGAUGAAAACGAAAAUGCGUUUGGUCGUGAACUGGACCUAGAUGAUGAGCAAACUGAAGAAGUGGCCUAUGCAGACAGUGACUCGGACUUGGGCGAUGAGGCUGGACCUGCUCCUUGGAAGUCAAAUCUAGCUAAACAGGCUGAAGAAACUGUACUUGCUAAUCGGCGUCGUCGCCGUGAUUUAAUGCAUUUAAUUUAUGAGACGGAUCAAUCCCCGGAAGACAUCACGUCUGGCGCAGAGAUCACACCUAAGACAGAACAGGUAUCCCAAAGUGAAGAAGAUUUUUUCCACGUUGUGUCCAGCGAAGCACCUGUCUCUUCUGCUGAUGUUCCAGAAGAAAGUCGACCACUGACUCAACUUGAAGCAUUUGAGCAAUGGGAAGACGAAAAUCGACUUGACUCGAUUCGCCAUCUGUUCAUUACAGGGGAAGAUGAUGUUGAUGAAACUGUCCCUCCAAUCCAGGAUGGCGAUGACGAGAAAAGCGAUGAAGAAGCUAAUGUUCAAUCGAACGAAGAUGCCAAGACACAAGAACUCGCUGCAAAGAAGGCUGCUUUGAAGCGUAAGUUUGAUGAACAGUACGACGAUGACGAGGACGAAAAUGAAGAUGAUUGGUACACAGAGCAGAAGAAGGAGCUGGCUAAACAGGUUGAGAUGAACGAGGCUGAAUUUGCAAAUGAUGAUGAGGAGACGCGUGUCAAGAUUGAAGGCUUCCGUCCUGGCACCUAUGUUCGUGUGGAAAUUGAUCAUGUGCCGUGCGAAUUUGUGGAUCAUUUCAAUCCUGCUUAUCCUAUUAUUGUGGGUGGUCUACUAGCAAAUGAGACAGCCCUUGCCUUUUUGCAAGUACGUAUAAAGAAGCAUCGCUGGCAUAAACGUAUUCUGAAGACAAACGACCCACUCAUCUUCAGUCUUGGAUGGCGCCGGUUUCAAAGCAUGCCUAUUUAUACAUUGGACGAUGGCACUCGGAAUCGCAUGUUAAAGUAUACGCCUGAACACAUGCAUUGUCUCGCCUCUUUUUACGGCCCAGCGAGCCUUCCGAAUACUGGUUUCUGUGCAUUUAAUACGCUAUCGUCUGAGACUCCCAACUUUCGCAUUAGUGCCACGGGUGUCGUGCUGAAUGUGGAUGCGGGAUCUGGUGCGUCUCACCAAAUUGUCAAGAAGCUUAAGCUCACGGGCACACCUGCCAAAGUAUUCAAGAACACCGCCUUUAUUAAAGACAUGUUCUCGACACCGCUUGAAGUGGCUAAAUUUGAGGGUGCACAACUCAAGACCGUGUCUGGCAUCCGGGGUCAUGUGAAAAAGGCUCUGGCAAGGCCUGAAGGCCAAUUCCGUGCCACAUUUGAAGACAAGAUUCUUAUGAGUGACAUUGUAUUCUUGCGUGCAUGGUACAAUGUCGUUCCGCGACCCUUUUACAAUCCUGUCACAUCGCUUCUUAUGCGCGGCGAUACCGAGCGGGAAUGGCAAGGUAUGCGCCUCACGGGUGCGGUUCGACGAGAUGAAGGCAUCAAGACGCCUUUGCGUGUUAACUCAACCUAUAAGCCGGUGGAGCGACCUGAAGUCCGCAAGUUCAACCCCCUUCGCGUCCCCAAGGCACUACAAGCGGCCUUGCCAUACAGCAGCAAGCCGCACAUUACCAAGGCACAGCGCAGGCCAACGUAUCUCCAGAAGCGCGCUGUUGUUAUGGAGAAGGAUGAACGCGACGCUGUGGCUCUGCUGCAACAAAUGCAAGCUCUGCAACAUGCUAAGCAACAAAAGCGCAUGCAAAAGCAAAACGAGCGCCAAGAGGAGCGCAAGAAGGUCAUGGCAAAGCAAGGUGCUUUGGAUGCACAAAAGCACAAAGAACGUAUGAAACACAUUUACAAAAUCGAAGGCCAGCGCGAAGCGAAACGCGCCAAAUCUUCGUAA